CCCCAUUGGAUCCUAAUUGCAGACUCCCCAUUGGUCCCUUCCUCAUUGCUAACUUCUUAUUGGCUCCCCAUUGCAGCUUCCCCAUUGGCUCCCUAUUGCAGCCUCCCCAUUGGUCGCUCCCCCUCUAACGACGCCCCAUUGGUUCCCAAUUCCAGCUUCCUCCCGAUUGGCCACUUCCACUUCCUCCCUCCACCCCAUUGGCCGCCGGGUCGCCAUGGCGACGCGCUGCUGGUUGUGCCCGCCCCCCACGCCAUGGCGCUGCGCUCAGGCCGUGUGCUGCGCCGCGGCCUUCAGCAUGGCGGCCGCCUCCGCCCCAUGGUCCGACGGUGAAGGCGACGGCUGCGUGGCCGCCUGGGCCUUGUGCUUCUCCAUCACCCUCCUCCUCCUCCUGGCCCAGCUCUUCGGCCGCCCGUUCACCCGCCGGGAUCUCCCGUUAGCGUUCGCUUUAGCCUCCGCCAUCACCUGCACGGCGGCCGCCAUCUUGUGGCCUUUAGGCCAGCUGCGGGGUCAACCGGAAGGACAACGCCGCCAUCUUCGCGCCGCCGUCACAGCCGCGUCCGUAUUGGCUGCCGUCUGCUACGGGGCGGAAGUGGGCGUGACGCGGGUCAUGCCGGGAGAGGCGGUGCCGUAUUUAGCCACGCCCCCCGGGCUCCUCAAGGUGGCGCAGAGCGUCAUGGCCGCCAUCUUGGUGGGGGUCUCGACGGCCAUAGGAGCGGCGGGCGGCCCCACAGGAUGGCGGUGGUGCGUUGGGAUCUAUGGGGCCGGGCUGGCUAUAGGGCUAUUGGUUAUAUUGACCUGUGGGGGGGUGCUGGGGCUGCCCGCUGGCUGUGGGUUGGGGCUGGAUGCGCUGUGGGCCCGCAGGCUGCUCGUGGCCUAUGCGGCCAUUGGGGCUGCGGCCUAUGGGGCGGCCACGGUGCUUUGGCCGCUCGAGGCCUUUGAUGGGGGGCGGGGGGGGCGCAGCUCCCGGCCCUAUGGAUGUGGGGCGGGGUGUCACUGGGACCGGGCCGUGCUGGUGGCCAUCGGCACCGCCAUUAACUUGGUGUUGUACCUGGCGGACCUGGCGCAGGCAUAG